AUGUUAGCCGAUUCGGAAUCCACGGACACCUUAGUCCUACAGAAGAUGAAAGACGGUACUGACAGGGAUGUCCAGGACACCGAGGGGGACCGGCUUUUUGAACAGCCAGAAAAAGCUUCAAUGGAAAGUGUGGCGAAGUUAAACACAUCAGAUGAAGUGCCUGAAACUAGCGAUGGAGACGGUGUCUCUACGGACGAGGAGCAAAGGGGAAGCGAUGAACAAAGUGAAGUCCUGGACCAUCGUACUUUAGGAGAAGAUAGGCAACUUUACGCUGCGCUGCAAAGACUGCUUAAAUGUACUGUCUGUUACGAACCACGUCCCGACACAAAUCAGUGCAAAAACGGACACUUAAUUUGCCGACUGUGCACCACAAGGUUGGAACGCAAUGCUACUGCUGCCGCCAAGGCGCAAUGUCCGACUUGCCGCAUUACCUUGCAUCCAGGACUUUCAAGGUGCCUUCUAGCUCAGCAACUGGCGUCAGAGCUGCCUGCUCCAUGCAGUUUUUGUGGUGAAUAUUUUCGACAGUCGGAGCUUAAUCGUCAUGAAGGCAUGGAAUGCAAAAUGCGACCCGUGAAAUGUCGCUACAAUAUUUUUGGAUGUUCGUGGAGAGGUCAUUGGAUUGAUAUCGAGAAGCACCACGAAGUUUGUUUCUAUCCCAGAAAGAAGGUCCAUGAAAUAGAGCCUAUCAUUACGGAGUAUAUAAACAGGAAAACAAAACCGGUUCAGGACCUAAAACAGGCCUGGAAAGAGUUGUUGGGGAGCCUCGGGGAUAAACCACGUGGCAUGGUGAUGAACUUAAAAGAAAUUUGUUUGAGAAAAAAACUUCGGGAGAUUGGCUCUUCGGAAAUGAGUCUGGAUGAGUUGUGCUUCACUGGCUCGACAAAUGCGCUCGUACAGUUCGGCAGUCCAAUGACCUGUAUUGACGUCAGUUUUGACUCAGACGAAAAGAAAGUUCACUACCGUAUCAAAUUCAAUGGAGGCCUAACUCCAUCAUUUCGGUUUAGAUUGAUUUUCUUCCACAUCGGUGGGACAAAGGUGGACGUGCUGGAUCAUCUGCAUGCUCCAAAUACUGUCCCUAACACAGAAUCACAACGAUUCAGCUGUAAUCUGCUGUUGGACGAAAAACAGGAUUUUCUGUUGCCUAACAAACGUUUGCUAGAAAAGUCGGAUCUAGAUAAGGAAUACGCAUCAGCGAAGGUGGAUAUGCUCAUCCUAUACGACUUGAACCGCUGUUCACUUCGAAUCACACCAGUUGAAGUGCACGAAUGGACACCGGUUUGUACGGCAAAUACUCAACCCUUCAGUAGUAGUGGGGUCAGACAAAACAAUUAUAGCGCUCAAGAGAGUAAUGCUACCCUUUUAAACCAUCACAUUGGAUCUGACAGUCCACCAACCACGGACCUAGAACCCACCUCUCUCUCCCACGCACUUGAUAGGGGCAGUCUCGCAGGCAGAAGACCUAGCACCAAUUGGCGCAAUACUGCUGGAAUGGAAAACCUCACAACAGCCGACCCCCUGCUACUCGACCUUAGUACACGCGGGGUAGAUACUGGUGAGACCUCCAACUUCAUAGCCCCUGCUCGACCACAAGAGACUCGUCAAGAGGUCAUACAACAGAACCUUUUCGAUGCGGAUAUGUUCGCCACACUUUCAAACAACAACGCUCUUGAGGAGGAGGAUUAUGAGGGGGACACUGUGUCCAGUGCGCUUGGUGGUGGCCUAGGGAAUGUUGUUACUACAAGGCGUAGUGGUGCGAGAAGAUCUGCGAGAACAGAACAGCUAAAUAGCAAUGACAUGAGCCAUAGGGAGCAACAACAGGACUACGAGCCGGAAGAACCAUCGGAGACCGAUGUGAACCGGCACAAUGCUACUCGACGUAGGAGUACUCGAAGGUCGACGACACCGACAGUGCCGACACCAGGAAGGCAAGGACAACAGCGACGAAGACUGAAACUAGUGCGUCUUGAUUCAGGCACCCAGACACUAGGGAGUAAGAUAAACCAUCGGUGGCUAGAACCUAAAGUAAUUCGUAAUGUCCCGCCUAUGGAAACGAAUACGUCGGCUAGCGCUGAGGCAGAACCUCAUCUGAGUCCGAGCCUCGCAGCCAGACUCAUUGGCAGUCUGCAGCGUAUGGCACCAUACUUAUCUAGAAUGCAUUUGGCUAGUAAUCUCCAGGUCAUCAGCAGGCAUUCACGACGGCCAGGAAGGCCAAAGGGAUCUACCAGAAGAAACAGAGGGCGUGUCUUGGGACUGAGAUAUACACGCCAUCUGGGACGCAAACGUGGAGCAGUAGGUCGGCGUUCAACCGCAUCCAGGCGAAGCAUACAGGUUACAAGCAGACAAGAACCCUCCGUAAAUAGGUGGUUCAAACUGAAUCCACUGGCUUUCACUCAGCCUCUGGUCUCAUUCAUGACCUCAGUGAAGGAGAGAGGCUGGCAGAUUAUGUCGUGGACCCGACGUUCAGCUCCUACUGAGAACACCGGCGCCCUUGAUAACAGCAAUGGAGCAGUUUCGAAUGAGGGUACAGGAGCCGAUCUGGCAACAAGACUGGAUAACGUGUUGACAGUUGCCGGAUCUGGCGCAUUGGUUCCCUCGGAAUGUGAUUCAAUCGAACUCGCCCAGCGUGCAUUCAGGACGGAUCCAAUGUCGGAGAUCGCCUAA